AUGUCUUCUGACAACUCAACUUCGGCAAAAGAAAAAGAGCCCGAAAAGGGGCUCUUCCGAUACUGGAAGCCAUCUACAACAAGCCAACCUCCUCCCGAUGGCGGGCUAACAGCAUGGCUUCAAGUCCUUGGUUCUUUUCUUAUCAACCUCAACAACUUCGGCUUAGCCAACAGCUUCGGCGUGUUCCAAACGUACUACGAAACGACACUUCUUCGAACACACUCCUCAUCUGCGAUAUCAUGGAUCGGUACCCUCCAAGUCUCCCUGAUCCUCAUCAUCAGUGUCAUCUCCGGUCCGCUCUUUGACCAAGGAUACUUCUAUCCCAUCCUCGUCACCUCGAGUCUCAUGCUCACCUUUGCACUUAUGAUGCUGAGCUUAUCGACACAAUAUUAUCAAGUCAUGCUGACGUGGGGUGUUCUUGGAGGCAUAUGUACUGGGCUGUUGUACAUCCCGAGCGUUGCUAUGAUUCCCCUCUACUUCACGACGCGCCGCGGUCUGGCACUUGGAUGUGCGACGGCGGGAGGCUCUUUUGGUGUCUAUGGCGCGGCAGGGUUUGGAGCAUUGAUCGGGCCUCCCAUUGCGCUGGCAGCUGACGAAGCCCACGGUGGUCGACAAAACCGUGCAUUUCUGGGUGCGCAGAUUUGGAAUGGCGUGACCAUUCUGUUUGCGUCGGGUCUUUGCGUGUAUCCUCUUUGGGAGGCUAGGAAAAGACGACAUAUGAAGGAGAUGGCGGAUGCUAAGGCAAACCAGGGUAGUAACAGUGCUUAG